UAACUCUUUGGAUUGUUGAAAAUAGAUUUUAAAAUGUUUAUUGUUUGGUAACAAUGAUUGUAAACAUUCAAUGAAAAUAAAAUUUUAAGUUUAUAUUAAAUAUCAUGUUUAUCCUUAAUAAAAAUUAGAGUUGUUCGAGAAAUAUUAAAAACUUUGUUGAUAAAUAUAUUUAAUAUGAUAAAUAAAAGAAAGAAAGAAAGAGAAAAAAUGGGAGAAAAAAAUCACGAAUCAAGAUAUAGAAUCUCUCUUAUUAUGAGAGAUUUGAUAUCCGUAGAUUUUAGAGAUUUAAAAUCUCUAAAGCUAAAAUCCACAAUACAAAAAGCAACAACAAAAACAUAACUUUCUACAAAAUCUAUGGAUUCAAUGAAUCCACACCCUAAAUCUUGUUCUCCAAACGACCCCAUAGACUCUUUUAUUAACAACUAAUUGAGUGCAUGAGGUGGAUAAACGAUGCAUUCAUUUCUCUUUUUCUUUUAAAUAAAAUAAAACUAGAAACAAUAUCUUAAAUUUUGAUGGGGUUCUAUUCAACUUUUGAAGUUUGCUCUUUUUGGGCCUAAUCAUACUAUUUAAAGCUAUUAUCCUACUAAAAUGAUUUUAUUUUUUCGCUGCAUUGUUGUAAUACUUUGACCAAAACAUGUUAGUAGGUUAAAUGAUAUAUUAAUAAAAAUAAUAUAAUAUCAACGCUCUUUAGGCGUACUCAAAUUAUAAUUCUCGUAUAUUAUACGCUCUUAUGCUCCCAUUCUAGCUCCCACUACGCGAAUUAGUAAGAUAAAUCCGUCGAGUCAAUUCUGUAGACAAAGAGACUACUGGUAGAACUAGCCUCAUAUUGCCUUCCCUCGCAAACACCCCCACGCUCAAUUCCCUCUUUAGUUGGCACUGAGCAAGAGGAAGGGAACGAAGGAGGAAGGAGGAUUUAGGUUAGUUUGUUUUUUUAUUUAUGUUUCCAGGCGACGAACUGGUUGAUCGUCCGGCGAUUCCAACGGCGGGUACGAAACAUGUCCGGAUCUGUAAAGUCCUUUGAAUAAUAGGAACUAGUGAUGAGAGUCGAUUGGAAUUGGAGGCAAGGAGGAGGAAGAAGAAACUGUCGUCGCCUAUAUUCAUUUUUGGAUAAUUACAGCGGCGAUUGUCCCGAGCUCCCUGACGACGGGUUUCCAACCUGCGGCUGUGCGAUGUGGAACGGGAAAAACAAAACUUGAAAGGAUAUUUGAGUUGUUUUAGUAAAAAAUAGGGUGGCGCGUUAUAUAUUUUAGGACGAGGAAUAGUAAUGCAAAAAAAAAUUAGAAAAACAAUGCCGGCCAAGGGGCCGGGCAGCAGCUAGUCCCAAUAUUUUUAAGUUUAGUGACAUUCACCCUUGAAACAUAUAUAAUACUCUUAAAAGAACCAAAAAGACAAAAAACCCUAGAGAGUACAGAGUUGCGCAUCUUCUUUCUUGGGCUGAAGCCCCGCUGUUGAGGGUGACCGGAAGCCCAGUCCAUUACCAAAAUUGGCGCGAAGACUUCCCGCCAACAGCCCCCAUUGGCGGUAUUGGUAGGGUCUCCGGGGUUCGGGACUUGGGAGUUGGGACACACCACAUAGACUGGACUGCGAGAUUGUAAUUUUUCUUGCUUCCCCGAGCAAACCCUUGGAAGAGUCUCAGUCUCCGAAGCCGGACAGAGUGCAGGUGAAAGUUGGAAAAUGGCGUCGCCGACUCCCAAUUCUGAAAAUCAACCUUCUACGCCGGAUUCUCCGACAUCGGCAGGCUUCAACACAGAUCAACUCCCUCACCAUACCAGCCAUAACAACACCGACGACGACGACGAGGCCUCCGUCGAUCCCCAAAUCAUUCCAGAUGAGCCCGAAGAGCUUGCAGAGGACGAGGAAGAGGAGGAAGGAGAGGACCUCUACCACGACGAUUUCUUGGAUGACUACCGGAGAAUGGAAGAGAACGACCAGUACGAGUCAGUUGGGCUGGAUGACUCCUUGGAGGACGAAAGGGAUAUGGAUCAGAUCGUGCAGGACCGCAGGGCUGCUGAACUAGAGCUUGAGGCUCGUGAAGGCCGCAUGACUAACCGAAAGCUUCCUCAGCUCCUCCAUGACCUUGACGAUGACAACUACAGGCCUUCGAAGAGGUCUCGAGCUUAUUUCAGGCCUCCUACCGAUCCUCAAAGUUAUGAUGAUACUGAUGGUAUGCAAAGCUCUCCAGGAAGGUCCCAGCGUGGACAUUCAAGAGACGAUGUGCCCAUGACUGAUCAAACUGAUGAUUAUCCUUACGAGGAUGAAGAUGGCGAUGAAGGUGAGUUUGAGAUGUACCGCGUCCAAGGAACUUUGAGGGAGUGGGUUACCAGAGAUGAGGUUCGACGUUUCAUAGCCAGGAAGUUCAAGGAGUUCUUGCUCACCUACGUGAAUCCGAAGAGUGGACAAGGAGAUUUUGAGUAUGUGCGGCUGAUAAAUGAGAUGGCGUUAGCAAAUAAGUGUAGCUUGGAGAUCGAUUACAAGCAGUUCAUCUACGUUCACCCAAAUAUUGCCAUCUGGCUUGCUGAUGCUCCUCAAUCAGUCCUGGAGGUCAUGGAAGAGGUUGCCAAAAGUGUUGUCUUUGACUUGCAUCCAAAGUACAAAAAUAUCCAUCAGAAAAUCUAUGUCCGUGUUACCAACUUGCCAGUAUAUGAUCAGAUCCGGAACAUAAGGCAGAUACAUUUAAAUACCAUGAUUCGCAUUGGGGGAGUUGUGACUAGGCGUUCAGGAGUUUUCCCUCAGUUGCAACAAGUCAAGUAUGAUUGCAACAAAUGUGGGGCAAUAUUGGGACCUUUCUUUCAGAACUCGUAUUCAGAAGUCAAAGUUGGUUCUUGUCCUGAAUGCCAAUCAAAAGGGCCAUUUACCGUCAAUAUUGAACAGACGAUUUAUAGGAAUUACCAGAAACUCACACUUCAAGAAAGCCCAGGAAUUGUGCCAGCGGGCCGGCUUCCUAGACACAAGGAAGUGAUACUGCUGAAUGAUUUGAUUGAUUGCGCCCGCCCUGGUGAAGAGAUUGAAGUGACCGGUGUAUACACGAACAACUUUGACCUAUCUUUGAAUACAAAGAAUGGAUUUCCCGUCUUUGCCACAGUAAUUGAGGCCAAUUACGUUACAAAGAAGCAGGAUCUCUUUUCUUCGUACAAACUUACCCAGGAGGACAAAGAAGAAAUUGAGACGUUGGCUAAAGACCCACGGAUAGGAGAAAGGAUUGUCAAGUCCAUUGCUCCAUCUAUCUAUGGCCAUGAGGAUGUCAAAGCUGCAAUUGCGCUUGCAAUGUUCGGAGGGCAGGAGAAAAAUGUUGAAGGGAAACAUCGACUACGUGGUGACAUCAAUGUACUUUUGCUGGGUGAUCCUGGCACUGCAAAGUCUCAGUUUCUGAAGUACGCGGAGAAGACGGGGCAGAGGGCUGUCUAUACUACCGGUAAAGGAGCUUCUGCAGUAGGUCUUACAGCAGCAGUCCACAAAGAUCCAGUGACAAGAGAGUGGACACUUGAAGGAGGUGCCCUUGUUUUAGCUGAUAAAGGUAUCUGCCUCAUUGAUGAAUUUGACAAGAUGAAUGACCAGGACAGGGUGAGCAUACAUGAGGCAAUGGAGCAACAGAGUAUUAGCAUUUCAAAAGCUGGGAUUGUUACAUCUCUUCAAGCUCGAUGUUCUGUUAUUGCUGCUGCAAAUCCUAUUGGAGGAAGGUAUGAUUCAUCGAAGACAUUUGGGCAAAAUGUUGAGUUGACAGAUCCAAUUGUUUCUCGUUUUGACAUCCUAUGUGUCGUCAAGGAUAUUGUGGAUCCUGUAGCAGAUGAGAUGCUUGCAAAAUUUGUUGUAGAUAGUCAUUUCAAGUCGCAACCUAAGGGUGCUGCUAUGGAUGAUCGGUCCAUGAACGAGUCCCAAGAAGACAACCAAGCCACUUCAUCCCCCACUGAUCCAGAGAUUCUUCCUCAAGAUUUACUGAAGAAAUACAUAUCCUAUGCAAAGCUUAACAUCUUCCCUAGGCUGCACGACUCAGAUAUGGAAAAGCUAACCCAAGUGUAUGCUGAACUCAGAAAGGAAUCUUCGCACGGGCAAGGAGUCCCCAUAGCAGUAAGGCACAUUGAAUCUAUGAUAAGGAUGUCUGAGGCGCAUGCUAGAAUGCAUCUCAGACAGUAUGUGACAGAAGAAGAUGUGGAUAUGGCCAUAAGAGUUCUUUUGAAUUCAUUCAUAUCAACGCAAAAGUACGGGGUGCAGAGGGCUUUGCAGAAGAGCUUCAGGAAGUACAUCACAUACAAGAUGGACUACAACAGAAUGCUUCUCAAUCUUCUGAGGGAGCUCGUGAGCAAAGCCCUGCGCUUUGAAGAGAUCGUGUCUGGUUCAACCUCAAGGCUUAGCCACAUCGAUGUGAAGAGACAGGAUCUCCAAAGCAUGGCCGAAGAAAGGGGGAUUACAGAUUUGGAACCUUUCUUUUCCAGCAAUGACUUUUCAGCUGCCAAUUUUGAGCUGGUGGAAGAGCGUCACUUGAUUAGGCAUCGCCUUCCAAGGCAGUCACAGUAGUUGUUGGGUGCAGGUUUGGGGCGAGUAGUAUUGGUAGCAGGCAGCAGCAGUUCUAAGUCCAUGUGAUGUACCCGCGGUGGGCUCCUCUCGCUCUCGCUGCAUAUCGAGAGCUAUAUUCAUUUGUGAUUUGUUGUGACACUUCUGUCAGACGUGUGCUUAUAUUUUUCAGCUAGUUAUGUUGAAUCCCACCUUGCUGAAUCAACUUAACGUAUCUAAUUACACAGUUCUUUCUCUAUUAAUAUAGUUGACUUCACUUUUUUUCUUCUUCCGUUAAAUGAGUCAAUUAUCAAUGUGGUAUUUGUAGAGUCCAAUAACUCAUUAAUUUAGAGAUCGUUUGGAUGAGUUAAUUCACAAUGUGGGUUUGUAAAAUCAAAUAACUCAUUUUUUCAUGUAAUAUUUGUGGUUAUUUGGUUUGGAUGAAACAAGACAAUGAGUUAUUUCAUAACAGUAUUUGGUGACAUAUAUAUGUGUAAAUGCCAUAAUGUCCUUAAUGAUUACCAUCUUCAGACUUCUAAUAUAAUGCCCUCAACUUGAGGCCUGCUGCAAAAACACACCAGCGGUAACAAGCCAUACCACAGCAAGGAAUUUAAUUAUAGAAUUGCAUCAGAGUAGACAUUUUAUUUUAUAGUCUUGAUAUCUUGAUAGUGUUGGAUCAAAGUAUAAACUCAGUUUUUAGUUAUUUCAAAAUAACUCGACCCAAAAUAACUAAUUUCAUCAAUUUGAAGUCUAUUUUGGCCCAAAUAACUCGCUUCGAAGUCUAUUUUAGACCAAAUAACUUAUUGCGAGUUAUUUGGGCCAAAAUAACUCAUACAAAUAACCUAUCCAAUUAACUCAUACCAAUAAUUGUUCAUUUGGUAUUUUAGUAUUAUUCUAGUGGUAACUGGAUUAAAGUAUAUUGUUAGGUAGAAUCAUAUAUAUGUGGUCUUUGACAAAAACAAAGGGUUAAAAUGAGUUAUUUCGAAAUAACUCGAUUUUAAGUUACUUGUAAAUAACUUAUUUAAGUAAAAUGCUGUCAAAUUAGUUAUUUUGGUCACAAUAACUUAUUGUAAGUUAGUUGAACACAAAUAGCUUACUCGAAGGGACAGGUUACGGCGAUUGCUAUAAAAUAGUAAUCACCGCGAUUACUAAGGGCAAAUUGGGUAUGACAAAAAAAUUAUUAAUUAUCUUUUUUAACAAAUUACAUUUUAGGAAGUUACAAAAAUAUAUUAAUUACAAUUCUCUCUCUCUUUCUCUCACUUCCACAAUCUCCAGCCAGAUCUCUCUUCCUCUUUUUUCAAUCUUUUCCUUGUUUUCGUUCAGAUACCGCUACAACAAUAAAACAAUACCAAUACAUUAAAAGAACACUACCAAUGCAUAAAACACCAAUACCAUUCGUGAAAUAAAAACACUACCAUUUCACAAAACACGAAUACUAUUGCAGAUUUAUCAAUAUCAAUACAUGCAAAUCAAUACCAUUACAUAAUAAUCAAUACCAAUGCAAAAAAAAAUAUCAAUGUGAAAAACACUACCACUACAAAAAAAAACUAUCAUUUCACUGAAAAGCAAUACACUUACAUGAUAAUCAAUACCAAUGCGGAAAAAACAAUACCAAAGCGAAAAAACACUAUCAUUACGAAAAAAUCACUACCAAUGCGAAAAAACAAUACCAAUGCGAAAAAACACUACCACUACGAAAAAAUCACUGGCAAUACGAAAAAAUCACUACCAAUGUGAAAAAAUCAGAUCUAGAGUUUUUAUUCAUCCUACCUUUUCAAUACCAAUGCAAAAAAACACUACCAUUCCGGGAAAAAAAUACCACCAAUGCGAGAAAGUACAUACCAAUAAAAAAUCAAUUGUUAUGUUAUUG